AUGACCGAUAAGAAGAUAACCUCAUCAUCAUCCAACAACACUGGAGACGAGAAGGAUGAGAAGGCAAGUUUCACCACUGUUGCAGACAAUGUAUUGAAAAAUAGACGUUCUCAGGGGAAUAAGGGAGAAGAUGCUUCGGAAUCGACAACAACUUCUACAACGAGAAGGAGAAAGGACAAAAGACCUGCUUGGCUCAAAGUACCAUUGUACUUUGUAGUUAUUGCUGUUCUUGUUAGAUUAUAUAUGAGAUUGGAUAGUGUUUCAAAUAGAGAUAGGACUAAAACUUUAAUUUAUAAUGCUACUAUUGUGAAUGAUAAUGAAAUGUUCUUAGGAUCAGUACUUAUUGAAGGAGAAAAAAUUAAAAUGAUUUUACAUCAAGAGAAUGACCAAGAUAAAUUGAGUAAUAUUAUGGCAGAUCGAGAAUAUGAUAAGUUUAUUAAUGGAACUGGUUUACAUUUACUUCCUGGUGUAAUUGAUGAUCAAGUGCACUUCCGAGAACCUGGAUUGACUCACAAAGCUAAUAUCUUUACUGAAUCUAGAGCUGCAGCUGCUGGAGGUGUCACAACAUUUAUUGAACAACCAAAUACUAAUCCUCAAACUACCACACAAGAAUUAUUAGAGCAAAAAUUCCAAAUUGCACAGAAUUCGUCACUAAUUAAUUAUUCAUUCAUGCUUGGAGGUACUUUGACAAAUUUGGAUGAAAUUUUAAAGACCAAUGGUAGAAAUGUUGCUGGAAUUAAGUUAUUCUUGGGAAGUAGUACUGGAAAUAUGUUAGUGGAUGAUCCUAAGGUAUUGGAUGAUAUCUUUUCUAAAACUAAAUUAUUGAUUGCUGCUCACUGUGAAGAUGAAAAGACAAUUCGUGAAAAUUCUAAAAUUCAUAAGGAAAAGUAUGGUGAAGAUGUUCCAAUUAGAUGCCAUCCAGAUAUUAGAAGUGCUGAAGCAUGUUAUCUUUCAUCCUCAUAUGCUGUUUCUUUGGCUAAAAAGCACAAUACUCGUUUGCAUAUUUUCCACAUUUCCACUGAAAGAGAAACUCAUUUAUUCGACAAUGAAACACCUCUUGCAAAGAAGAGAAUUACAUCUGAAGUUUGUAUUCACCACUUGUGGUUCAGUGAUAAGGAUUAUGAAACUAAGGGAGCAUUUAUUAAAUGGAAUCCAUCUGUAAAGACUGAACAAGAUAGAGAAGGAUUGUGGAAAGCUCUAUUGGAUGAUCGUUUAGAUGUCAUUGCUACAGAUCACGCCCCUCACACAAUCAGUGAAAAGACAAGUAGUUACUUCAAAGCAGCAUCUGGUGGUCCACUUGUUCAACACAGCCUAGUUGCCAUGCUCGAUUUUUAUCAUCAAGGAAAAAUUAGCUUGGAAAAGAUUGUGGAAAAGAUGUGUCACAAUCCUGCCAUUGUUUUCCAAAUUGAAAAGAGAGGUUUUAUUAGAAAGGGAUUUAAGGCUGAUCUGGUUUUGGUUGAUUUAGAUGACCCAUGGACUGUUGAUAAGAGUAACAUUUUGUACAAGUGUGGAUGGUCUCCAUUUGAAGGUCAUACAUUCAAGUCAAAAGUCAAAAAGACUUUCGUUAAUGGUGCUCUUGUUUAUGAUGAAGGAGAAAUUAAUGAAAAGGUCAGAGGUCAAAGAUUACUUUUCGAAAGAUCAUAA